AUGGAGAAGGGCAGGGAUGGGCGACGAGGGCCAGGACGCUGGUUGACCGGGGGACGGAAGGAUGGAGAAGAAGAAGAGAAGAAGGACUCUGUAGAAGAAGAAGAGAGGUGGAAGAGAAGAGUCUUAGAUGGCGGUUAUCUGUCGGGUGAAGUCAAAGAGACACUGAUGGCUGGGGGUGGAGGAGGGAUGGACAGACCAGACAGAUCAGACAGCCAGACAGAACAGACAGAACAGACAUCUUCUUCUUCUUCUUCUUCUUCCUUUUCACUCUUCAAGGUCCCUCCCUCUUCUUGUAAUUGUACCCUUGUUUUUUUUCCCUUCUGGUUCUUCUCUUCAAUUUCUUCUCGUCAGGCUACAGGGACCAGCAGGGCUUCCUUCGUCUUCUCUCGCCUUUCUUCUCUCCCGCCGCCGCUGACAACAAAGCAUCGCCAACUAACUAACCACCAACCACCCCGUCACCCGCAGCCUCCAAGUCACUCUCGCCUCACCAGAAAAAAGACGAAGGGCCAGCAAGAGAAUUAG